AGGAUCUUUGGACGGGAAAAAAAAGCCUGAGAUGAUUGUUGAAGCAUCCGAAAAGCAUUUCUUUGGUUUUGUCACAUAUGGGUGUUAUUCAGAUUCGCACUGAAAAAAAAGGAAAAGCUUUGGUGCUGCUCUGGUUGUGAUUAAUCCCAUUAUUUACUAAUAUAAUCCAAUAAUCCGUGCUGGUGAAAGACACCUUCUAGAUGGAAGUGAAUUUAAUCCCUGCAGCCCAAAGUGAAUGCAUUCAGUGAUCUAGAUGGACUCGAGGGAAGACGUGAGAGACAAUCACAUGCUAUUAUGGGUCAUCUUUUGCGUCUGGUCAGUCAUUGAAAGCGUCUAGGAGGUGUGUGUGUGUGGAUUUGUUUUUCCUCUGUACGCCGCCAUAUUGCUCUAACCGACCGGCAGACUACGGCGUCCCGCACGGGGUCACACAGCACCAGGGUUCGCGUUGCUCAAAUGUGAGUUUUCCCUUCCUUCAAUGACGAUGGGUGACAUGAUAUCCGAAGAACUGGAAGAUUUGAUGCAUUUUUCCGUCCACGAUUUGCCAACUCGUGGUUAUUCGGUCAUGGAGGAGAUCCGGAGACAGGGGAAACUCUGCGAUGUCACCCUCAAGGUGGGAGAGCACAAGUUUAGUGCCCACAGGAUCGUUCUGGCUGCUUCCAUUCCCUACUUCCACGCCAUGUUCACUAACGACAUGGUCGAGUGCAAACAGGAUGAAAUAGUCAUGCAAGGCAUGGAUCCCAGUGCUCUCGAGGCGCUGAUCAAUUUCGCGUACAACGGACACAUAGCCAUAGACCAGCAGAACGUCCAGGCGCUCCUGAUCGGCGCCAGCUUCCUACAGCUGCAGAACGUUAAAGACGCCUGCUGCUCGUUCCUUCAGGAGAGGUUGCAUCCGAAGAACUGCCUGGGUGUGCGCCAGUUCGCCGAGACCAUGAUGUGCACGACGCUGUAUGACGCCGCCAACAGCUUCGUGCAUCAGCACUUCGUGGAGGUUUCGGUGUCCGAGGAGUUUCUUAGCCUGCGGCCCGACGAGGUGCUUGAGCUGGUGGGCUGCGACGAGCUCAAUGUCAAGGCUGAGGAACAGGUGUUCGAUGCCGUCCUUGCAUGGGUGAGACAUCAGAGAGAAGACCGCGAGCCCUGCCUGCCUGAGCUGCUUUCCAAAACCCGGCUGCCCCUGUGCCGACCCCAGUUCCUGGCCGAUCGAGUCCAACAGGACGAGCUGGUGCGCUGCUGCCAUAAAUGCAGGGAUCUGGUGGAUGAGGCAAAGGAUUAUCAUCUAAUGCCAGAGCGGCGGCCGCACCUGCCUGCGUAUAAAACACGGCAACGCUGCUGCACGUCCAUCGCCGGGUUAAUCUACGCGGUCGGAGGACUCAACAGUGCAGGUGACUCAUUAAACGUUGUGGAAGUGUUCGAUCCGAUCGGCAACUGUUGGGAACGCUGUCAGCAAAUGAGCACGGCCCGGAGCCGAGUGGGCGUGGCCGUGGUUAACGGGUUACUGUACGCCAUCGGAGGCUACGACGGGCAGUCGCGGCUCAGCACGGUCGAAGUCUACAAUCCGGAAACAGACACGUGGAGUAAAGUGGCUAGCAUGAACAGUCAGCGCAGUGCAAUGGGAACAGUGGUAGUCGACGGACACAUAUACGUCUGCGGUGGCUAUGACGGCAAGUCCUCACUCAAUUCAGUAGAAUGCUAUUCUCCAGAAACAGACAGAUGGACAAUAGUUACAGAGAUGAGCGCGAGCCGCAGUGCCGCAGGCGUGACGUUAUUCGAAGGGAGGAUUUAUGUUUCGGGGGGCCACGACGGCCUGCAGAUUUUCAACACGGUGGAGCAUUACAACCAGCACACGGCGCAGUGGCACCCCCUGUCCCCCAUGCUGAACAAGAGGUGCAGGCACGGCGCGGCGGCUUUGGGCAGUCACCUGUACGUGGUAGGCGGCUACGACGGCUCUGGUUUCCUGAGCAGUGCCGAGGUUUACAGCUCUUCGGCUGAGCAGUGGAGCCAUCUGGUGGCUAUGAACACACGGCGCAGCCGAGUCUCUCUGGUGGCCAACUGCGGCCAUCUGUACGCCGUCGGAGGCUACGACGGCCAGUCCAACCUCAGCUCGGUGGAGAUGUACGACCCAGAGACCAACCGCUGGGCGUUUAUGGCUCCCAUGGUGUGCCACGAAGGCGGCGUCGGGGUCGGCUGUAUACCCCUGCAACCGGCUUAGAGCAUAACUCCACGUUGGUGUUUUAUUUGUUUUCGGAGAGAACUUCUAUAAUGCACUCGUGCAACUUUAAUGUCCCGAUGUACGUUUGCAUUGGAAGCAAUGCGAUGUCACGAAAAAAAGAAAAAAAACAAACCCUCCAUGCACUGUACACACGGUUCGGCUUCCACAGGGAUAAAAAUGCCGAAAUGGUUUUAUUCCAACACGGUUUUAGGGAUCUUUCAUACAGCGUUGUCAAACUGUGUGGUCCGGUUCUGCCGAAAGAGAACGGCAAGCUUGAACAAGAGCGAGUGAGAGUGUUUACGAGGGGGAGAAAAAAAAACCUGAAAAAGAAAGAAAAAUUACGUCCCGGCUGUAAAAACGGGUCGAUCGGCACUUUGCGUAUUAGUGUAUACGGUGUUGUACAAAGGUUAGGAUGCAGACCACUCAGUUGCGCGUGUUGUACUCGUGUGUGUGCUCGGUUUAGGGAAACGUGCGGCGAGAAAGGGGUACAAUCACCUCGGUAUAGAAGACGCGCACGGCGGUACAAGUAAACCACUGGCGAGCAAGUGUAUUUGCUUAACGUUAUUUGGGAGACAUUAUUUAUCGAGAUAGCAGAAGCUCCUUUUUCAUUUUUGUGCGAUUUUAUAGCUGUAAGUGUUUGAUUUGGGAUAUCGUUCGCGCCGAACGCAGCAUCAGCGGACCAACGGAACCUCGAUGUAACUGUGCAAAACAUCCACCAGACGUGCCAUAUUCCAUACAGCCAUCAUGCUGGACUUUAACCAACUUCUUACCACUUCUGAGCUCUUCAGGGUUUUAAAUCUGAAGAGGGCCUUUGCUGAAGGCAGAGGGGAACCGGAAAACGAUGACCUGUUUUCCCUCCUGAAUAGCAGCUCUUACAUUCCUUCACUUUUCCGGACAGAAACCGGUGCAUUUAAUACCAAAAAAAAAAAGAAAAAAAAGAAGUGAUGCCGUGACAUGACCAGCAUCGUCAGUGUCUGUAGAAUAACGUUUCUGGGUCGCUAACUAUGAGCGUGUCCUCCAACCCCCAACAACCCCUGCUUUGUGUAAUCACUAGUAACAACCCCUAAUAUGGGAUUACUAACUGUGAAUUUAGAGUUUAGGAUGUCCAUUUUUUUCCUUUCCUCCUUUUCUUUGAUCGCUCCUUUGCUGAUUGAUGUUGAAUCGAAUAUAAUCUAGAUUAAUGUAUUGUAAUGUUCAGUCAUGGUGCAGUAUUUUAUACUACUUUCAAUUUUUUUUAAUUAUUAUUAUUGAUUUAACUUCCGGACCACAUUUUUUUUUAGUUGCAUAUUUUUUUUUGUGCAUAUUUUUUUAUGACAUUGCACAUAUUUAAUCUAUCUUAACAUUUGAGAUUUAUAGAUAUUCUAUAAUGUUCUAUAUGAAAUGAUAAGCGGGGAAUCAUAGCAUGUUGUCUAGUGAAGCUCUAGUCUUUCCGUCUGUCUGAUAAUCUUUAGCUACCUCUGUUUGGGAUGGGAGUGUUUGAGCUCGUGUGGUCUGAGAUGGAGACGCCAUCUGCUCUCCUGAUGCGUUGUUCCAACUGAAGGAUCUCCAAACCAGUGACUGAAGUCAUGUGUGUGUGUGUGUGUGAGAGUAUGUGUGUGGGGGUGGGUGUUCGUCUAUGUGUGGGUGUGUGUGAGGGGUUCUUUUUCACUUUUGGACAUCAUUUUGUAAAUGU